AUGCUCUCGUGCACCAGCUCAGGUUCCUUCCCCGCCAGGAAGGUGAUGUUCCACGUCCCUGGAGCUAGCAUUUGCAGCCGAGGAUCAGACCGCCAGGGUUCCCACCUUUCACCGCCACCCAGCUCACACUGCACCCUAUGGCCCCUCCUGCAGAUGAAAAAAAAAGAUUCCUGGAAGGCAGAGUUUAUUAAGACCGAGAGAAAGAAGCUACUGAACUACAAAUCUAUGCUGGUGAAAUCCCUCCAGCCGAGGAUCUACUGCCCUUUUGCUGGUUGUUUUGUGGAGGCUCAUCCGUCAGACAAGUACAUAAAGGACACAAAUGUUAAAAACCAUGCAGAGGACCUCAAUGCACUCAUCAAUAAGCUUGCACUGGACAUCAAGACGUGGACGCCUAAGCCAGGGGCUGUGCUGGACCUCACCCUCGCUCUGAAAGACCCAACUAACAGCGAGGCCAUCACUAACCCCCCAGCCAAUACAAAAAUCUACAAGGACAGCUGGGAGUUUGAGUUGUAUGUGGAUGAACUGAACAGCGCCAUCGGCUGUGAGAUAUUUAAAUAUCAUAGUUGGAUCCAGUUUUAUUACACUUGGGCAGGCUUUCAAAAGUACAACCUUGUUGUGCGGGUGAUUGAAACUGAUGACGACUUUGAACCCCUCACUGAUGGUUACGACUAUCUGGUGGACUUUUUGGACCUGUCAUUCCCAUCCAGUAGGCCUGACAGAGAACACUCCUAUCUAGAGAUUAAGAACAGGGUUGGCGUGAUGAGGUCCGUGGUGCUGCAUGGCCGCCUCUGGGAUGAUCUGUACAUCGGCUUUCAGAACCACAUCAGCCGAGACCCGGACAUUUACCACCACAAGUUCUGGAAUCACUUCCAGAUAGAGCUACCACUUUGCAAGCCAGACUGGGACCAGUUUCUGCAGCAGGUGACCCCCAUCCAGGACACAGAGACAGCGUAUGAUGAGUCUGGGAUAUUAAGCUACUGUACCGUGUUAUAGAUGUGCAAUGUGUAUUUGCGAUGAUGUGAUGUCCUUAAAUUUGAAACUACUUAUAUUUUUAAGCUGGUUACUGUUCCCAAAAGGUGGGGGGGCUGUGUGUAAUAAUUUAGGAAAUCUUAAUAAUGACUAAUUUAUUCACAAUUGAACAUAGAAAACAGAUCAAAUGUUGAAAGUUAUAAGUGAUAGGGAGCCAUACCGUUUAAGGCUUUAAAAACAAGUAAUACAAUUUUGUACUAAGUCUUAAAAAUGAUGCCAGAGCAGUUAGGUUUAGGAAUAACUGCCAGUGCCAGUUAACCUAUCGUUUCCUCCCUGUAAGCAACCGAGCAGACAGACAAAUAACUUCCUUGUUGAUCAGGAAAUGGCUUCAUCAUAGAUGAAGGUCUCUU